GAGGAAGCCCACACACGUGACUGUGAACUGCUGGUUCUGCAACCAGGACACGGUGGUGCCCUACGGGAACCGCAACUGCUGGGACUGCCCCAACUGCGAGCAGUACAACGGCUUCCAGGAGAAUGGAGACUACAACAAGCCCAUCCCUGCUCAGUACAUGGAACACCUUAACCACGUUGUGUCGGGUGCUACGACUUUCUGUGAUCCUACCAAACCACAGCAGUGGGUGAGCAGCCAAAUUCUGCUUUGCAAGAAAUGCAACAACCAUCAGACCACAAAGAUCAAACAGCUGGCUUCGUUCUCUCCCAGGGAGGAGGGCAAAUACGAUGAGGAGAUUGAGGUGUAUAAGCACCAUCUGGAGCAGACCUACAAGCUGUGCCGCCCGUGCCAGGCUGCUGUGGAGUAUUACAUAAAACACCAGAACCGGCAGCUCCGGGCGCUGCUGCUCAGCCACCACUUCAAACGCCGUGAGACAGACAAGAGCUACACUCAGAAUUUAUGUUCGUCUUCCUCUUCUGCUGCCAUAACCACUCCAGCUCAGGUGAUAUUCCUGCGGUUCUUGGCCUUCCUCAGCUGUGCGUUCCUGGUUCUCAUGGCCCUGUAUGGGUCGGGUGACCCCUUCUCACUCAGUGCAGCAGUCCCUGCUCCUGUCUCCUCUGGUUCAGCAUCCAUCCACAACAGGACUGGCACGAGCUCACAAGCAGACCUGGAAAAUGACACUUCCAUACCGGUGGCACGCUGGCAGGAGCUGCUCCACCUGCUCCCAGAACAGCUGGUGGAGAACCUGAGUGCAGCAUGGGUAUAUGGGAAGAACCACCAGAUGGCAGUUGCUGUCCUUGGGCUCUUCACCUGCCUCUUGGCCAUGUUCUUGGCUGGGCGGAUCAGGCUCCGAAGAAUCGACGCGUUUGCUUCAGUCUUGUGGUUUGUCGUGAUGAGUCUGCAUUUAGCUGAGAGGUACCUGAAGAUGGAGACGCCCAGCUGGCUGGACACGGCCAAAUUUGGCACCACAUCCUUGUGCUGCUUGGUGGGCUUCACCGCGGCGGUGGCCACGCGGAAGUCGACGGGCCACCGGAGAUGCCGGCCCCGAAGGUACCUUUCUGGGGAUUCGAUUGCUCUCUUUCCAAGUGGCUCUGGGACUGGCUUCCCUUCCUCUGCUACAUCCCUCUUUGUCCCAACACCACCCAGUAUUCUCCAGCUGACAAACCAACAGCUCUUCAGAUCCCCAUGCAGAACAACUUCUUCCUCUCUUCCUGGUCGUCUCAACAGGGCACUCUCGCUGGGUACCAUCCCCUCCUUGGCCAGAGCAGAUUCUGGCUACUUGUUCAGUGGCAGUCGACCAGCCUCACAGUCAUCUCAGUCCAAGGAAUCUCCUGCAUCAGAUCCCUUCUCCCUGCUGUCGGGCAGCUGUGCUGCCUCUCGCAUCCCGUCUCCGGCGCCGUCGCUGGCUGGCUCCGUGACGUCCAGCUCGGGCUCCCUGCGGUACCGCCGGCCGCUCAUCAGCCCUGCCCGCCUCAACCUGAAGGGGCAGAAGCUGCUGCUCUUCCCCUCUCAGAACGAAGCUCUGCUCACCCCCACGAGCUCGGACACCCACUCGGACAGCCAGGGCUUCGGCGCCGAGCUGUCCCUGCCGAAGAAGAGCCUGGGCGAGCGGGGCGUGCCGGAUGUGAGAUCUCCUGUGGAAGGAGGGAGUAUUUGCAGUGAUAAUUCCAUCAAAAAGGAAGAUCACUCAUCACACUCAUCUACGUGUGUGGUAGACACAACUACCAAAGGGGAAGAUUUGGCAGGUUGGAGAGGUCAUCUUGGUAACUCUGCUCUGCGAGGCCUGCUGGCCGUGAGCCUGACUCUCAAUGCUGUCUUCACAUCAGCCUACGUCUACCGGAGCCUGCGCUGA